AGAUACGAACAUAGCUCUCCUACCACACCUGGACUCGCGCCAACGGUCCUGCAUUCGCGAUGGUAUUGUAUAUAUAAGCAGAGAGGACAUUGUCGUAUAUAAUCGCGCUGUCUAGAACCAGGCAAAACGCAGUGCUGUAGUGCCGCAGCAGUCGCAACAGUGCCACAUCAUUUUCCUCGUGCCCCCCUAAGCCGAAUUCUAAAUAACAACCAGCCACUUUAUCCCAACUUCAUCCAAAACAAACCCGCCACCAUGCUCCCCGAGGAAACCAACAUCACAACUAUGCCAGUAGAGGACAUGAAUACUGCUAUCACGCCUUCGGAGCAAACAAACCCUACUACUAUGCCCUCAGAAACAACAACACCCGGACCCACCACUACGUCCCAACAGACAGGCGGGAUAAAACUCAUCAAACUCAUCAUCUUCACGUGGUUGAUCGUCCUGGUGGCGGAAACAGUGAUGUCUUAUUCAACCUUGUCCACAGUGGACAUUAUUGUCGGUAUGGGAGUGACCUGGUUGUUGGCAAUCGGUCUCGCAACAACAUCAGAUGGCCGCAUAGCUCUUAGUGACGACAGUGCCAGUCUCAUCCUGCUAUCCUUGGCUUUCUCCUCGCUAUGGGUGGUUGGGGUGUCCAAAUAUGACCACGGCAACUUAGAGAAUGGCGGAGGUAUUGUGCGAGCAGCGAUAGGUUUCAUAGGUUUCAUAUUCUGGAUAGGAGCAUUUGGUGGGUCAGUUAGAGCCUGCAGGGAUUGGAAGAGGCACAACCCACAGCAGCCUGGAAGUAAUUCUGGAUAUGAUGCCAUACCACAGGAAGUCAUUUAGACUUGUCCAAGUGCACCCGGGCGAGCCGAGGUCUGCUGAGGAGAGUGACAUUUCAAAACGCUGGUGGACCGAUCACAAAGAUCAUGAGCGAUUGAUCCUUGACUGGUCUGAGGUGG